GACGGUCUGAUGUAGUGGCGUACUUUGAAGCGCUGCAGGAGAACAACAUCACAGAUACAGACACGCCAGUAAUGGGGAAUAAGCUCGCUACAAGUGUAGGCCCGUUAUUCACUGCGACGCUCAAACCGGGAUAUGUAGUGGACACUAUGUGGGACAGUGGACUGACAAUCAACGAUCCACGCCUAAAGCCACACUUGCAGACUAUAAGGAGUAUCCAGAAGGGAGAGGAAG